GAAUGAACAAAGCUUGGGUGUGGAUGUACUGCGCAUGUGCCUGAGAGAGCUUCUUUUCGGAAGCCAAGUCGGGUUAAACCAAAGGCUUGACAUCAAAAACCGAACAUAAAAAGAAUCAUGUCAGGAUUUUUGGACGGAAUCCGUUGCGGAGACUGCGAGUGCAAUGUGGACUGGGGGGAGAGAAGAAAUACCAUCGCAUCCAUAGCUGCUGGAGUUCUGUUUUUCACAGGAUGGUGGAUCAUCAUUGAUGCUGCUGUGAAAUAUCCCACCGAGACAGAAUUUCAUCAUGCCUAUCAUACGUGUGGAGUCAUAGCCACGGUGGCCUUUCUCAUGAUAAAUGCUGUUUCCAAUGGCCAAGUGAGGGGAGACAGCUACAGCGAGGGAUGCCUUGGACAGACAGGUGCUCGAGUUUGGCUCUUCAUUGGCUUCAUGCUGGCUUUCGGCUCCCUCAUUGCCUCCAUGUGGAUUCUCUUCGGAGGAUUCGUAGUGCCUCAGAAGUCUGCUGUGUAUCCUGGUAUCGCCAUUUUUUUCCAAAAUGCAUUCAUUUUCUUCGGAGGUUUGGUCUUCAAGUUUGGGCGCACAGAGGAUCUCUGGCAGUAAAACACUGACUGUCGAUGGUUAAACACUCUAUGUUGUAUGAGACAAUAUUCUUUAGCUGUCAUUCAUUUAAAUAUAAACCUUUUUUAGCUUUUUCAUUAAAAUGUGUAAUUUAUGUUCUUUGUUGCAUUGUAGCUAAAUCAUAACUAAGCACAAAUUGUCAGAUUUCUGUGAAGUUUAAGGACUUUCAAAGGUGGCACAUCUUUAAAUGUGUGUUUGCACUCAGUCUGUAUCCAUGUUUUUAUUAUGGUUUACAAGUUAUGUAUACCAAAAUGUAUAUAGCAGAGUUUUACUGCAACAUUCCCUUGGGUUGGCUCACUUCUUUAACACAUCAUCCUAUUAAUUUGAACUGUUCGUGUGGAAAUUUGAAAUGGGUGCCAUUUGCAGGUAAUAUUUUAGAAUGAUUUGAAUUAUUACUGAAUGUAUUCAUAAGGGGUUUGAAAAAUGUUUUCAGCUUUAACGGGUUGUCUGCUCUAUAUUAAGUCAGAUUAAAUGUUGAAUUUUACUAUUUCACAAUAGAGGGUUUCGGAACUGUAAGGUGGUGUUGCUUUAACCGAGUUUUGUUUGUGCCUGUAAAUCAUUGAGUCAGUUUCCAAUAACAGCAUCAUUAAAGACACUGGGCUGUAAAUGA